GUGAGUAACUCCGUGCAGCACUGCCUCAUCUACCGCGUCAACGGCAAAUACGGUUUCCACGAGUCUGCUGCCACCUUUCCCUCCUUAGAAGCGCUGGUCACCUUCUACCAUUUCACCAAUCUCGUUAGAUACAAUCGCCUUUUAAAUACUACUCUCUCCUACCCGGCUCUUUGUGAGACGGUCCCCUGA